AAGAUGCCUUGCCCCUAGUCGGUCACCGAGUGCAAGUCUGCGUUGAGCAGCGGCAGCGGUAUCACCCGGACAUUACACCGUAAAUCACUGUACCCCCACCGCUGGAAGACAGCUUUUCCACUAUGGGCGACAAGAAGAGCCCAACCAGGCCAAAAAGACACGCCAAGCCCUCGGCUGACGACGGAUUUUGGGACUGUAGCGUCUGCACCUUCAAAAAUAGUGCCGAGGCGUUUAAGUGCAGUAUGUGUGAUGUACGUAAAGGCACAUCCACAAGGUCCAGGAAGCCGCGCAUCAACUCCCAGCUCGUAGCCCAGCAGGUGGCUCAGCAGUUUGCCACCCCCCCGCCACCCAAGAAGGAGAGGAGGGAGCGCUUGGACCGCGACCGGCACGACCUGGACCUGCCUGACGACGAGCACCUGGAUACGGACCACUCGGACUCCGACCGCCUCAGCAGUGUCCACCCAGACAGCGACACUGGCACCGAGCGGCCGCACCGCGUGGACGAGCACCGCGUGGACGAGCACCGCGCCGAGAGUGAACGGGGCAGAGACGAGCACCAAGCGGAGUGCGAGCGUGAUCGUGAGCGUGAUCGUGAGCGUGAUCGCGAGCGGGGCAGGGAGGUGGCACGGGCCCGCGGGGAGAUGGACAGAGCGCUGACCGAGAGGGUCUGGCCCGACAGGGAGAGCCCUGUCCCUGCAGGACUGGAGAAGGUGCGGCCCAACAAGCCCCACACACUGCACCAGCAGAACCCGCUGAACCCGCAGAACCAGCAGAACCCAGAGCGCCGGAGCUUAGCUGGGUCCGAGGCCCCAGAGCAGGAACCGGAGAGCACGUAUCCCAUCCGGGAUCCGCUCAAGAAGGACAAGGUCGAGAGGGACAAGGUCGAGAGGGACAAGGUCGAGAGGGACAAGGUCGAGAGGGACAAGGUCGAAAUGGACAAGGUCGAAAUGGACAAGGUCGAGAGGGACAAGGUGGAGAGGGACAAGGUGGAAAACGAGCCGGACAAACACAGCAGUGCAGCCAAGGGAGGCCCAGUGCCCAUCAAAAAGCCUGCGGCCAAAAAACCAAAACCCCGGUUAAUUCAUAAAGGGCUACCUAGUGAGAAGAACAGUGUGAAAUCAGGAAAGUCAACGGCAAAGAAGAACAACCGCCUCAUCUCACGGCCCAGGCUGAAGAACGUCGAUCGCAGCAGUGCCCAGCAGCUGGCCAUCACCGUGGGCAACGUGACCGUCAUCAUCACAGACUUUAAGGAGAAGACGCGCUCCUCCUCCACCUCCUCGUCCACGGCCACCUCGAGCGUGGGCUCGGACCAGCAGAACCACACGUCCGGCUCUGAAAGCAACGACCGAGGCUCGUCCCGCGCAUCCACCCCCCGGGGAGAACUGGCCCCCAGGCAAGGGGACGCACUCUGAGCCCACCAA